ACUGUAUCUGUCUGUCAUCACUCACCAUCAACCACCCAACAAGAAACCAGAAAUUUGACUCUCGCUCUCACAGAGCCUCGGCUGCUGAAACUGCCCUGACCCAGUCCUCAAAACCACAAAGCAAAACCGUUUUUCUCCAACCUCCAUUCUCCCCUCUACCAUUCUGGGCGUCUUUUUUUGUUGUAAUUUUGUGGAGGUACGUUUCCUUUUCCUGUACGAUCUUUCUUUUCAUGGAGUUCAUUAUUUCAUCCUUGAAUUCCGCCAACUGACAUUCUGUGAAUCCUGCUUCUUUGACAUCAAAGUGUUUUGAUUGUUGUCCUCUGUUAGUUUGGAGACUGUUUGGGUGGCUUCUAUUUCUCUGUAUCCGGUUCUCUGCUAGUUAUCAAGUUGUACAAUCUGCUUCGUUUUUUUGCUUUCGGAUGGCAGAUAUGGGAAAGAAGAAGGUGAUGGUUCCUCUUGAACAAAUCGAUUUAACGACUGUGAAGUAUGAGCCUCAAGUUGUACAAGCUCCACAUUUGACGGGGAAUGUGUUUAGGUUCUUCAUAAAGCUACUGGAGUCUCCGCUUAUUGGUCCUUUGGUCAUAUCUCACUUGAAGAAGGAGAAUAAGAUGAUUGAGAUGUUGCGAUGUACUGAGGUACCAGAACCGCCCAUGUUCGUACCAGAAUUUCCCCCUCAAGGGCCAGAGAGUUGUGUUCUUCUCUUGGAGGAAGAUGGAAAACCAGAAGAACGAGUUGAGUCAGCUUUGAAAUCUCUUCCUCGCUAUGAUCCUGCAACCUGCUGGAAUGCAGACUCAACUACACCAUUUAGGCACUGGAAGAUUCGUGAUUACGCGCAUGCUUAUCGUUCCAAGCUGAUAACCCCUUCUGUUGCUGCAGAACAUGUCAUCGCAGCUAUAGAGGAGGCGGCUAAAAGUGAACCCCAUCAACCAUUAUUGAUUUCCUUUGAUGCUGAUGAAGUUAGAAAACAAGCUGCAACUUCCACACAAAGGUUUGAGGAAGGAAAUCCUAUAUCCAUCUUGGAUGGCAUCUUCAUUGCAAUUAAGGAUGACAUAGAUUGCUAUCCAUACCCCACUAAUGGUGGAACAACUUGGUUGCACAAGGUUCGUUCUGUGAAAAGGGAUGCAGUCUGUGUUUCUAGGUUGCGUAACUGUGGUGCAAUACUUGUGGGGAAGGCAAAUAUGCAUGAACUAGGAAUGGGAACAACUGGAAACAAUUCAAAUUAUGGAACUGUGAGAAACCCCCAUGCUCCAGAUAGGUACACAGGUGGAUCGUCGUCAGGUCCUGCUGCAAUUGUGGCUUCUGGAAUAUGCGCUGCUGCUUUGGGAUCUGAUGGAGGAGGCUCGGUGAGGAUCCCUUCUUCCCUCUGUGGGGUAGUAGGCUUGAAAACAACACAUGGACGGACGGAUAUGGGAGGUUCAAUUUGUGAUGGUGGUGGUGUUACAAUUCUUGGACCAAUUACGUCUUGUGUUGAGGAUUCCGUCAUAGUUUAUGCGGCAAUAUUGGGAUCCUCUGUUUCAGACAGAAUCACCGUCAGACCUGCCGCACCUUGUUUGCCAGAUUUAUCAUCCCAUGAAGCUAUAGGUGCUCUGGGGUCAAUGCGUUUAGGAAAAUACACAGCGUGGUUUAAUGAUGUGCAUUCAACUGAUGUCUCUGACAAGUGUGAGGAUGUUCUUAAUCUUCUGUCAAGAACACAUGGGUGUGAGGUGGUGGAGAUUGUUAUACCUGAGUUGGAGGAGAUGCGCACCGCUCAUAUUGUGUCUAUAGGAGCUGAUUUCCAAUCUUCAUUAGCAGCUGAUAUUGAGGAUGGGAAAGGGAAGUUGUUGACAUAUGAUAGCCGGACUAAUGUUGCACUAUUUCAAUCAUUUAGUGCCUCUGAUUAUAUUACUUCUCAGCGACUGAGACGGAGAUCAAUGCACCAUUACUUGGAGGCUUUCAAAAAGGUUGACGUGAUAGUGACCCCAACAACUGGCAUGACAGCUCCCGUGAUACCUCCUAGUGCUCUUAAAUAUGGGGAAACAAAUAUGCAGGUCACAGCUUAUCUCAUGCGGUUUGUUAUAGGCCCAAAUCUUCUCGGUUUCCCUGCAAUUUCUGUUCCGGUUGGUUAUGAUAAACAAGGGCUUCCAAUAGGGUUGCAGCUGAUUGGACGUCCAUGGGCUGAAGCAACUAUCCUGCACUUAGCUUUUGCAAUAGAGCAACUAUUUGCAGAGAAGAAGAAGCCAGUCCUGUUUUGCGAUGUUUUGAAGCCAAAUUGAGAUUUUUUAAGAAGGCCAAAAAGACUAGUGUGGCUAAAAAUGUUGAAAGAUGGUUGUUUACCAAUUUCAAGGCAUCAAAUUUGUGAGGAAACUCAACAUGUAUUAUUGUUUUACAAAUAAACCUACCCUGUCUGGAAAGCCUAUGAUUUUGGGGCUUGGCGGGCACGCAUUAUACAAGCACCUACUUACUGUGCAAAAGAGAGAUGAUUCAGCCAAAUUGCAU